GGUCAGGUCCCUUUCAACUAUGACGACGAUUCGGUAAACUUCCUUUAUUCCCUUCCACUGUUCACCCCUCUGACCACUCCACAGUCCAUCCCGCGCAGUGUGCCUGCUACCACUCCCACUCCCGCCGCCGUCGCAACGGCGAGACUGGUGCACCCCAAGCCCAGAUCACCCCCCUUUCCUGCCGAUUUCAUCCACCGUCGCAGCCUGUCAACCGCACCGACAGACGCGAUUCCCUACAGCAUCCUCAACAGACAAGGCCUCUUUGAAGCCGGCACUCCUAAUCCCCAAUCGUACCUGACUCCAGCUCACACUGCAUCCAGAGACCUCACAACCCCCGUCGUAAAUGGAAAGAUCCUCAAGCGUAUCCCCAAGCCCGCCAAGGCCAAGGACGUGGACGCCUCAGACUGGUAUGACUCCCUCCCCGAGGCACCUACGCCCUGGGGCGGCCACGACCAUACAAAGCCCAUGUUUCAGUACAACAAAGAGGGCGAGCUGCUACCGAAUCUGCGCUUCACCCGUGAGCAGAUCCUGUACUAUAUCAGGGAGCGGAAGCAGCGAGGUCUUCCCCUCACCCUCUGGAUCCAAAAUGUUCCCCAUGGCUGUAAGACGCGCGUGGGCGAUGACAGACUACGCGCGUGCCGCUGGUCAGGCUGCCCAGCCUACAAGGGCACCAUCCUGAAGGGCUUCUGGCGCGUCUGCUUCGACGAGCGGCCCAAAACCUCGGGGAAGCAGCACGAUCCGUACCACAACGCGGGCUACAUGCACUUGUGGUGUAUGGAUCGCUGCUUCGAUCUCCUCGAGGUUGCCCAAGCAUUCGACCUGAAGCCCGAUGCCCGCUACUUUGAAAAGGAAGAGCGCAACCCCAUGGCCAUGACCCGUGAUCACGACGAGCUGGUGAUGGAGUUUGAAGAGUGGCGCAUGUCCCAGCAGGCCGCCUACGAAGAAUGGCAAAGGUCGGCAGAGACGAACAAGAUGAUGGGUCUCCCCAUUCAGAACCGCCAGGUCGGCCGGGAAGCCAAGCUAUGGUACGUGCUGACGACCAAGCACCUGGCGCUGGAGACCCCGGUGCGGAGCAACAUGCGGAAGAAGAGGAACGGCAUUUCCAUUGACAAGCACAAGGGCGACCUCGAUUGGUACGUGGAGAGAGUCAACGAGAAAAAUGUGUCCAAAAAGGGGCACUCCAUCGUCGAGGAGCUUGACAGCGACGACGAA